GACUUGUAGGACCACUCUGAGCCGAAGGAGAGAGUUUUUUUUUGGCAAACAAAGUUAGCAAACUUUCCGAAAGUCCUUCACUGGUCAAUAAAAUCACAUCGGCGAAAGAAAACCGACCGGACAAAAUGAAGUACAUUAUAGGAAUCGGCGGGGUGACCAAUGGUGGGAAAACCACACUGACCAAUAGGUUAGUCCAAGCCUUGCCUAACUGUUGUGUGGUACACCAAGAUGACUUUUUCAAGCCACCGGAUCAGAUACAAGUGGGAGAAGAUGGCUUUAAACAGUGGGAUGUGAUAACAGCGAUGGACAUGGAGGCCAUGGUGAACACCAUCAAAGGCUGGCUGGAGAACCCAGUCAAGUUCGCACGAUCUCACGGCAUACAGGUGGCGCCGGCCACGGAAAUGGGCCCUCCGGAGGACCAGAUCCACAUUCUAAUCGUGGAGGGAUUUCUUCUGUAUAAUUACAAGCCUCUGAUGGACGUGUAUGACAAGUGUUAUUACAUCACCAUCCCUUACGAGGAGUGCAAAAGGAGGAGAAGUACGAGACAGUACACAGUCCCUGACCCUCCUGGCCUGUUUGAUGGUCAUGUGUGGCCCAUGUACUUGAAGCACAGAACAGAGAUGGAGACGAGCUGUUUGCCCAUCGAAUACCUGAAUGGCUUGAAAACGAAAGAGGAGAUCUACAAUCAGGUGUAUGAAGACAUCCACAAUACACUUUUGAAUCGUUUAUAGCAGGAGCAUCCUGAGCAGCAGCUCCAUGUACAGAACUGUAAAUACCUCCCAUCAAGAAGAUUUUUUUUUAAAAACAUUUUACACCAAAUGUAAUUGUACUUGUAAAUAGGACGUUGGAAUGUUAACUUAUCAUGUCUUUUGGUGGAACAUUUUCAUUUUUAGUUUUUAUGAUAUUCUUUUGGUUGUUAUUUUAUUACUUCCAUUUGAAGAUGUUAUUCAAGGCAGUGCCUAGUUACUCUGACUCCAUGCAGGCAGUAGCCUCAUUACCGUUCUGUGAAAAUGUUUGCCAAUAAAUUCCAGUUUGUUACUGUGGUGUCAGUUGA